AUGCUCUCCUGUCUCAGAGAGAGAAAAAGAGAUGAAGAGGGAGAGGCUCUCUGUUUGAUCAGUACAAGACUCGCGUUCGAGACACACAGCGAUCAAUGUCGGAGAGUGCUGGAUUUUGGCAAUUUAGUGUUUUCUUGGCUCAAAAUAUUGCAAAGUACUGAUAUAUUUUCCAAAAUGAGCUGGAAUCCACAAAUGGAAGUUCAAUACCAAAACCAUUCCAUGCCUUAUAACUCAAUUGGAAGCUUUGUGGAUUUUUUCGGAGGACUUACUUACGACCACAUGAAUUACAUUUUUGCAGAAGCAAAUUACGUCGAGGGGAAUGCUUACAGUGCCUAUCCAGCAACAAAUACAAGUUUAUAUAAAUUUGCAGUAUCUGAACCUGAAAGUUUCUCAUACUAUGAGUAUGGGAAUGGCUACAUGGUUGAUAAUGAAUAUAGCGGGCAUUUGGAGAAUCUCUCACUGGUGGGUGAUGAUCGGGGCACUGUUUCGCAUGUACACCAGGAACGAAAUUCAAUUACCAGUACUCAUGCUCGUCCAGUAGAGUGUCCUCGGAAUCACCAAGAUGCUCGUGGCAGUGAGGUGGCUUGGCAAGACAACAUUGACCCUGACAACAUGACAUAUGAGGAGUUACUUGAGCUAGGCGAGGCAGUUGGAACUCAAAGUAGGGGUCUAUCUCAAGAUCAAAUCGCAUUGCUUCCAACGUCAAAAUUCAAGUGUGGGUUCUUCUCUAGAAAAAAAAUUAAAGAGAGGUGCGUGAUUUGCCAGAUGGAGUACAAAAGAGGUGACAAGCGUAUGACUCUCCCGUGCAAACAUCUCUACCAUACCAGUUGUGGGAGAAAAUGGCUUAGCAUCAAUAAAGCUUGUCCGAUAUGUUACAAGGAGGUGGUGGUUGAUGUCCCGAAGCACUGAAUCAUACUUUUCUCAGUAUAGGUUCCAAUUUUUAUUUAAGGUUCUCAACAACUCUGUGCAUUUGUUUUCUAUACCUAGUUUUCCUUUCUGCUGCAUUUAUGUUAUUAGAAGAUUUAUGUCCUAAUAAAGGAUUGAUUGCAUCUCUUUGUUAGGAGAAUAUUAACUUCAAUCUCAUAUGGCUUUUUCAUACUGAGAAUUGGUUCAGGAUUUCUGUUGGGUUUCCUCGUCCAUUUCCUCUCUUUUUCUUUACCAUUGACGCAAGGCUAGAGAACAAAAGAUUUCGAUUAACCUCACUUCCCAUGCUUAUGCAGUAUUUUGUCACAUCUUAAUGUUAAACUACAAUGAUAAGUAUGGUUUUGACAAUUUUAACUCAGUAAUUUU